AUGUCGCUAGCAAGUCGUGAAACUAAGGAGACUAGCUAUAGUUCACUUUGCGAUGAGCAAACUCCAAGUGCACCUCAAAACUUGACAUUGUUGGAGGCCAGGAGUGACGCUCUUGUCGUUCAGUGGGACGCGCCAGCAACACUAAACGGCGUCGUGCGUUAUUACUCGGUCAUAAGCAGCCGCGGCACCGACGUGAUCACCAACCAAACUAUUGAAGCUUCAGUUGAUCAAACUCGCUUCAAUUGUACCGUGGCCGGACUCAGUGCAGGCACAGAGUACAACAUUAGUGUGCGGGCAGCCACGAAUAAAGAAGGUAAAGCUGAGGUGAAGCCGUUCAUUACUUCGCCAGAAAACAAGUCUGGAGGCGUGGUGGCGGGCAUCGUCAUUGGCUGCCUGCUGGGGGUGGCGCUGGUCGUGGGGCUCGUGGUUGUCAUCUACAAACGUGACGACAUUCGCAAGAAGUUCUUAUGAACCAAUACUGAAGAAGAAGUGGCAGCAUGGCGAACGUGCGUGAUAUGGAGAAGGAAGGUCUCGGCGUAGUAUUCAUUUUGCUGCAAGUUGUAAUGUCGAGUUGCUGCAAGGUCAAUCUGUGAAUGAAGACAGAUUGAACUUAUUUAAGUUUCAUAGUCCAAGUCAGGUUUCAUAGUCAUUUAGUUUCAUAGUCCAACUUUCAAGCAGCCUGUAGAACUGUAGCGAUUUCGUUCAUAAUUUUGAAUAAUAUUAAUAAAAAUAUUUAGAAAUUUAGAAUUAGAUUUAAUUGUAGAGUUAAGAUUUGUUCAUACAUGAACGUCACCACAAUGAAUACGACAACAGCUAACUUCAGUCCAGCUUUUAGUAUUUUUGAUACAUUGCGCUAGAACCUCUUAUUGGAGUAUUAAAGUACUUAUAAGUGUUGCAACAGUCAUCCUGUACUAAUUACUUUGUUUAAUAGCUAAUUUGAU